AUUGUGCUGUCUUGUUUCGUCAGUGAUGCAUAGUGAUCUUGCCUUUUUUCCCUACAAGGCAUGUUUUCACUAUAUCCCUCGUAUAUGGCUCCGGGAUUAAUUUCAUAGCCCUAAUUUAUCACUUCGCAUUUUAUUAAGCCUACUUAAUUUUACUGUUAUCCUAAACGGAUGGAUGUCCAUUCCCACCGCCUACUUGCGUUUAUUUUAGCGAAUUGGGAUCGCCACCGCAAUCUGAGUUGUGCCCUCUGCUCAAGGCAAUUCCCGUCAUGACCUGUCUAUUCUUUCAAAUUCGCUAAAUGGCAUUUUCCUUCGCUACUAGUGUUCUCAAAGAAGUUAGACAUAAUUCGUUUUCGAAUCCUUUUCAUCAAAUGAAGACUACUGUGGGGAUUUGAUUAGGUUCUUCACGCACUCUUCUGUGCCUUGCGUAAACCUCAAGACGCUUGCUUCAAAGAACAUGGCUUGUUGGUUUAGGGACAGUACCGUACUAAGUGACGGACAGAGAAGGAAGUGGAUCCAGCGCUGAGUUUAUCACCUGGGUUUUCCCCUGACCGCACUCCUCCUGUACCCCGCUCCCCCUCUCCCUCCAUUGUCUUUGCACAGCAAUGGAGGAGAGAAGAUUAGAUGGGACAGGCCGAUAAAACCUUGUUUUCUGGAGAGCUGAGGAAUCUGGGACUGCGGAGACAGACACUAUCAUCUCUUGUGGAGUUUUUUUUAUCAUCCUUUAACGGGGACCACGAGACGACAUCAAGGCCUGCUGAUGGGGGCGGGCAAGAGCAAGCCCAAGGAGCCAGGCCAGCGCUCACUGAGUCUCGAUGGCACCAUUGGCACGGGCUCGGACAGUGGGCACCACCACCACCUCAACUCGACCCAGCAGACCCAGACCCCCAACAGGAGUCCCGCCGUAGGGGGCGCCAGACAUGGCCACCACCCCGGGAAUGCUCCCACCAACACCCCUGAGCUGGCGCUGUUCGGUGGAGUAGACCACGCGGGCAGUAUCACCUCCCCUCACAGAGGACCACUGGCAGGAGGUGUCACUACAUUUGUGGCACUCUAUGACUAUGAAUCACGGACUGCCUCAGACCUGACCUUCAAGAAAGGCGAGCGGCUGCAGAUCAUCAACAACACGAGAAAGUACAGCUUCAGGGAAGGGGACUGGUGGCUGGCUCGGUCUCUGACUACCGGAGAAAGCGGUUACAUCCCCAGCAACUAUGUGGCCCCCUCUGACUCCAUUCAAGCAGAAGAGUGGUAUUUUGGGAAAAUAACUCGGCGCGACUCAGAGAGGCUCCUUUUGAGUUUACAGAACCGACGAGGCACCUUCCUGGUCCGAGAGAGCGAGACCACCAAGGGAGCCUACUGCCUGUCUGUGUUGGACUACGACAACACCAAAGGUCUCAACGUCAAACAUUACAAGAUACGCAAGCUAGACAGCGGUGGUUUCUACAUCACCUCACGCACCCAGUUCAGCAGCCUGCAGCAGCUGGUCUACCACUAUCAUAAGCAUGCAGAUGGACUGUGCCACUGUCUGACAGAGGUGUGUCCGAUGCUGAAGCCUCAGACCCAGGGCCUGGCCCGCGACGCCUGGGAGAUAUCCCGGGAGUCCCUCCACCUCGACCUCAAACUGGGCCAGGGCUGCUUCGGAGAGGUCUGGAUGGGGACAUGGAAUGGUACAACGCGGGUGGCCAUCAAGACCCUGAAGACGGGUACCAUGUCCCCAGAGGCCUUCCUCCAGGAAGCCCAGGUCAUGAAGAAGCUGAGACACGAGAAACUGGUGCAGCUCUACGCCGUGGUGUCUGAGGAACCCAUCUACAUCGUCACCGAGUACAUGAGCCAAGGUAGCCUGUUGGACUUCCUGAAAGGUGACACGGGCAAGCUGCUACGUCUACCCCAGUUAGUGGAUAUGGCAUCUCAGAUUGCAGCAGGGAUGGCAUACGUAGAGAGAAUGAACUACGUCCACAGAGACCUCAGGGCUGCCAACAUCCUGGUCGGGGACAACCUGGCAUGUAAAGUGGCCGACUUCGGUUUGGCCCGCCUCAUAGAGGACAACGAGUACACUGCUAGACAGGGUGCCAAGUUCCCCAUUAAGUGGACAGCGCCAGAGGCUGCACUCUACGGACGCUUCACCAUCAAGUCAGAUGUCUGGUCAUUCGGGGUCCUGCUCACUGAACUGGCCACUAAAGGCAGAGUCCCAUAUCCAGGCAUGGUGAACCGGGAGGUGUUGGAUCAGGUGGAGCGUGGCUACCGGAUGCCCUGCCCUGCUGAGUGCCCAGCCUCCAUGCACGAGCUCAUGCUCACCUGCUGGAGGAAGGACGCAGAGGAGCGGCCCACCUUCGAGUACCUGCAGGGCUUCCUGGAGGACUACUUCACCUCCACUGAGCCCCAGUACCAGCCUGGGGAGAACCUAUAAGGCUCAGGGACAUCCCCCGGGCCUUAUGGAUGGACUUUCCCACCCCCUGCCC